AUGGGAUCUUUGAUCGAUCAGACGGAGGCCGCUCUCGCCAGAGUGCUGAGCUUGUGCAGCAGCGGUCCCGUCGGGGAGCAGGACGUAGAUGCUCUCCAACGCCAUGAUGAGGCAGCACUGGCGUUGCUUGAUAUCAACGACGAUGAUGCCAUCAAGGCGCUUGGGCCGUGGAUCAAGUGCCUGGAGGCAUGGUCCCGGAAGACCAAUGCCGCCCAAGGGGGAGAGGAAGGACCCUGGACUACCGUUACCCAACCCUGCACGGCCGUCCUCUCGAGAGCCGACCCCUCGUCGGAGACGCCGCCGCCGCCCCCUGGAACUCCCCCCCUCGCCGCCCACAAGGCUCUAACCGUCAUCCUUUUCCGGGUGAUGCUCCUAGGGGAGGAAACGGAGGGGUCCCCCCACCGCAACCCCUCCCCGGCGGCGUGGGCGGCCGCUCGCGCCUACCUCCUCAUGCUCUCGCUCCCCGGCGCAGCGCCGUACGGCGUGCUGCAGUCCGCGGUGCUGGGAAUGGUGCUCACCAACCUCCGCUCCUGGUGCCGCAACUCCGGCGUCUACCGUCCCGGAGGGGGGGGGGCUCCGGGAGUGGAAGGGGGCGGGGUGGGGAGGAAGAAGGGCCCCCAGAAGCGCAGGCGGGGGAAAGACGCCGAGGAAGGCGAGGAUGGCGACAGCAGUGACGGCGGCGACGAGGCGGGGCCCCGCGGAGUGGGGCGGUGCGCGGCCGGGGGUGGUGGGAGAUGGUCUGGCGGAGAGGUGCUCGCGUGUCUUGAGCUGCUCAAGUCCUGCCUCGCUUGCGUGCCGCUGGAGUCCCACCAGGAAUUGGUGGUUAAGCUUAGCGAGGUUCUGGUCGGUGUGUCGGUCGUCGCCGCCAUCGAGGGGCCUGCCUCCCUGGCCGACCUGGCCUCGGCAAGCAUGGUCGGCCUCGUGACUGGGGCUUCGGGCCACACGGAGGUCGUCCAAGGAGUCGUGCUGCAGGCGCUGAUGCCGGUGAUCCUCAUGACUACGGGAAAAGCAGACGUUCCCCCGAGGAGCCGGGAUUGCGUCAAGGCUCACAACAGCGCCAUCGACACCGCCAAGGCAAUCGCCGCUGCUCUCAGAAACGCCGCCACGAAAAACGGCUACAAAACCCGGGGGGGGACGCCAAGCACCCCCGGGCAAUCCACCGACGUGCUUUCCGAAGGCGGCCUAGCAUCGCAAUCGCCCUCGGCCACGACUCCGGCGGGAGGGGGGGAUGAUACCUCCGCGUCCCCUACCGGGGAUGAUUCGAGUGUAUCCCCUGGUGGAGGGCCUGUUGUGGUGGUCGGGAAGAAAGGAGACGGUGAUGGGCAAACCGGCACUGGCGGAGAUGGUGGCAAACCCGUCUUGACCCUGUUGCAGCAUCUGUGCGUGUCUUCGCCCGAGCGGGCGGAGGGCAGGGCGAGGCUCGCGGAAGGGUUGGCGGCGUUGCUGCCGGAGCUGGAGGAGCCCGACCGUGUUCGCUUCGUGGUUUUCCUGGCCAAGCUUUCGCGCAGCGCCAAGAUCGUGCACCGCGGGUUCUCCGUAGAACUGUCGUCUCGCCUUCUCACGGAGGACUGGCCUUGGGCUACCGACGACAGCAGUAGCGCCGAUGGCAGCGGUGAAGGAGCGGCUGUUUCGACGCCGCGCGCUAACGGGGAUGCCGACGGCCCGUCCCCGUGUUUGACGGAUGGAGGCGGUAGGACGAUGCUCGAUCUGGUGGUUGCAAGGGCGGCAGACACGGCUCCGACGGUUAGGUCGAAAGCGGCGUCGACUCUCUCAGAAGUCCUCUCGGGAAUCCAGGGGCGCCGCAGCGGGUACAAGGGGGGGGCGUUCCAACAGGCGGUGAUGGAGGCGUGCGGGUGGGGGGAAGCGGGGAUGGAACGGCGUCACGACGGGCCUCUGCUCGAGACCAUCCGUACCAGAGUCGAGGACGAAAAGGCGAACGUUCGGAGGAAUGCGGUGCCGGCGCUGGAGGCUAUCCUUAAGCUUUCUCCUGCCUUUUCGGGCGGUCGGGCAUCCGCGGACGGCGGUGAGGCUGCGAUCGGGAAGGAGCACGAGGCCGACUUCGAGCUCCUGCAGGAGAGGUGCAACGACAUGUCGCUCUCCACCCGCAAGGCGGCCAUGGGGGCACUAUCUUCGCUUCUCAUGCUGAGGCCGUCGGACGAGUCGCUACAGAAGGCCUGGGUGUCGUCCGUUCUUCCACUCGCGGGGGACCCCGAGCAAACCUGUCAGACUAACGCCGGAGGGGUUUCCAGUGUGUGGCCGCUGCUGGCUAAGGCUGGGCAGGGGGGAGCCCACAAGUGUCUCAAGAAGGAGAGCUGGACGGUGGAAGACAUGCGGCUCAUCUCUCUCGCGGAGAAACUGCCUCGAGCGUCCCUCACCACGAUCCGGAGGGGAACGUGGGUGCUGUUGGAGGCGUUCCUUGACCGGGCCCCUUCCGCAGGAGACAGUUCGGGGAAGGAGCAGCAGCAGCAGCACUUCGACAUGGACCCUAUGUUCGUGGUGCGGUGCUGGAAUCGCAUCAGGGUUCACAUCCUGGAGGAGGCGUUGUCAGGACCCGGGGACGCUAACGUUUCAUCCCCUGGUUCCGGGGAGGCGUUCGAGGCGGACGGGCGGCGAGUUCUCGGCGUCCUCGCCCGUCUUGCUGGGUCCGUGCCGCCGGACGUGGCCAUGCCGCUAGCCGAAAGCCUGCUGGAGAUGCUGCAGGACCUGGUGGCCACCCCGGAGACCUCGGCCGCUUUGGUGGCGGCCCUGCACAUGCUCUGCUUCGCUCAGGCCACGACAGAAGAAGCUGGGGCGGCCAUGUGCAACGAAUGGGCCAACUCCGCGCUCACCAAGUUCGAGCAGCUGCUGGACGUGUUCGUGUACCAGGGGAGCGAGGCUCUACGAGACCACAGCGGCGCCCGGGCUUGCGGAUUCGACAUGGCCAUCCUGGUGGAGCGGCUUAUCUUUGCCGUCGGCGAGGUAGCCCUGGUUGGCUUCACCAGCAAGGAGGACGCAGCAGGACCCUCCGAUCCACAGGCUCCGGGCGCCGGCAAGAAGUCGGCCGAGAUCACUGCACGCCCCACAGCGUCUCCGCGCCUCGUUGAGCUUGUUCAGGUACUGCUCCCGCCGCGCCUUCCGACGUCCGCACACGGAGUGGAGGAAGGGGAGGAGGGGCCAGAGACUCCUUCGCCCGUCAGGGCUUUGGCGUUCGUCACCCUAGGCAAGCUGUGCCUCCGGGACAAGGCCUUGGCGAAGCGCAGCGUGAACCUCUUCGUGAGGGAGUUGGACACGGCAGCGGCCCCCGCCGUCCGGAGUAAUGCCCUCGUCGUCCUUGGCGACCUCUGCGUCAGGUACACGGCCAUGGUAGACCGACACGUGGCAGCCAUGGCCGCCUGUCUCCAGGACCCCCACCCCCUGGUCAGGAGACACGCCAUCCUCCUCAUUAGCCAGCUCCUGCUGCAGGACUACGUGAAGUGGAGGGGGCUUCUUCUGUACCGUUUCCUGGCCACACUGGUGGACUCCGAUGCCUCUGUCAGGGAUCUGGGAGCGUUUACGCUCACCCGUCCGCUCAUCACCAAGACUCCCGGCCUCUUCGCUCAAAACUUCGUGGAAACUCUGUUCGUCCUCAACAACUACUCGGAGCACCCGUGCUACGCGGCGGCGGCGGCGGGCCGUGCAGACGCCGGGGGCGGGGUGACCAUGGACGGCAUUGAUCUGGGAGGGGAUAAUCCGGCACAGAUCCGCAGGCGCAUCUCGGUGUACUCGACGAUGCUAGAACACAUGUCGGACGAGCAGAAGAUUACCGUCACUGCGAAGCUCGCCCAAGAGGUACUCUCCGCCGUCAUCGACGGCGGCCUCCCAUUGGCCAAUAGCACCGGUUCCGCCGCAUCUAAUUCCGCCGCGUUUGCGAACGGGAACAAGAACGGCGGGGGCGCGGAAGCGCGCAAGAAGGCGUCGUCGGUGGUGAAGGAUGCCCUGACGAUCAUGGCAUCCGCCGGGAUCAGGGUGGGGGGGAGAGGGGGUGCGGCUGCGGCUACAGAAGCAGACGAUGGCUCAGAGGAUAUGGGGUCCCAGCAGUCGGGGGCCGGUGGAUUGGCCGCGGCGAAGAGGACGCUGCUUUCCAAGGUUGCCCUGAAGCACCUCAUGGAGAAGGUGGUGCCAAUCCUGACGGCCCUCAAGCACGUCCUCGAGAGGGCACACUCGCCGCUCCUCCGAGAGAUCAUGUCCUACUUCGGCGAGCUCUUCAGGAGUCACAAAGAGGAAGUUAAGGCUGUCCUGGCUUCUGAGCCGGGACUAGUCGACGAGAUUGACUUCGAUCUCCGGAGAUUUGAGAAGGAGGAGUACGAGAGGAGGCAGAAGGUCAAGGAGGCUGCCGCUAUUGCAGCGGUGGCAGUGGCGGCUUCCGGUGCUGGCAGUGGCAUGGGCCCUCCGAGGACUCCGAGCAACAGGAGGCGUUCUUCGAUGGGAGGUGGUGGUGCCAGCGGGAGGCGGGGUUCAUUUGCCGGGCAGAGCAUGAGGGACGCGUGUACACCUAUGGCGGCGGUCCAGAAGUCGGCCCGCAAGACUCCCUUCCAAAACCUAGGCGCUUGCUCAGCGGUUAAGCUCAAGGCCUCAACGCCGGGAGCUUCAUCCAUGUUCAGCCCCGUAAGGCCGGGGGGUGGGGGCCGGGGCAGUCGACCCAAGACACCUGUCCAGCUUCGCACUCCUCGCCAAGCCGUGGCUGCCGCCCUCGGCAACUCCCCAAUGGACACGGACACGAGUCCCGUCCCCAUCAGGAACAUGCUCAGUGACCGGACGGCGAACGACGGGUCUUCAGGUCCAUCCAGAGGCAGGAGUGAGGGUGUGGGCGGGGCGGACAUUGAGCUGGCCUCUCCCGUUAACCCGCACCCGGCCAAGAAGCGUCGGUGGGCGGUGUCGGUUCCGCUACCCACAGAGGGGGAAGAUGGGGAUUCUGGCGAAGAGGAGUUCGACGGCGGCGGCGUUUCCACCAUGCGGGGGGGCACGGCAUCUACCCGUCGGGACGAGGAAGAAUCGGACAAUGAAAAAGGUGCGGAGGCGGGGGUCGGAGGGAAGGAAAACAACCCCUUGUCCACCAACAGAAAUCCCUCUUCCGAUGGAAACUCUGGUGAUUUGAAGAGGAGCGGCAAGGGCAAGACUGCCACCAAGAGCGCGAAAGGUCCCAUUGUCUCUUCGGGAGCAUCUGGAGGGAAGGGUGGGGGGGAAAAGGCGUCCGUCUGUGUGGUUGAACAAGGCGCCGGGAAGGCAAAAUCCGGUUCUAGGAAUCGUGCCAAGCAGGAGGCCAAGGUCGCCCCUUCCAACACCGCAUCCGCGACAAAGCUACGGCCGGUGCGUCGGUCAUCACGUGCUGCCCGAGGAUGAAGGCCCACACGUUCAACAUUUUCAAGAUCGCGAGGACGCAGGAUCGAAAAAGGGGCUGGCGCUCUUGUGACACUGGGCACUUCCCAACCGGAGGGAUGUAGAACAUUUGUCGGUGUCGCUUGGAGGAUUGAAGGUAACCGGUAGAUGAGGCAGGCUCGGAAACGGCUGGUGCCUUCGGGGAUAUCCGGAUGGGGUUCGGAGAUAGCCGAAUAUCAGUAGCGAUAUGUGAUGCGGGAGGGGGGGUGCCGCACAGUUAGAAAGUUGGUCCCGAGGGCGUUUUUUUUUGCUGUCUCGCCUUGAUUCGAGGUUGUUGUUUUGGGGCUGGUUGCUUGGGGUGGUGACGAGAGUAGGCUUGUUGCAAAGUUCUUCUUCGUCCCGCAAAAUAAUUAAUUGGAGCUCGUGAAUAUGAGGGUGAGCCGCAUUCUGCUUGUAACCGGUUGGGUUGCGUUGUUACAGGGGGCGCUCGCGCGGCACCAACCGCAACCCUGUUCUUGGGAGCGUCAGAAUGUUCGACGCACGUAUUUGUAUAUGUUACCGACCGCGUAAAGAUGGUAAUGUCUGAUUAGUUUUUCUAGCUGGAAGGAGCUCUCAGGGAUAUUAAAUUGGGUAUGCAUAGCCUUGCCGUGAUUUAUUUUCUGAUAUUGGUGUUGGUAUUAAGCAGGCUGGCAAGUGAACAAGAUGUCGUGCUCAUGGGUAAGCCGUACAAGUGAAGACUGUUUCGAGGGAACACAGGUUAGAUGCGUGAAAACGAAAGCUACGGCCUACCUAGGUACGAGAAGAUGAGCACCACUCAAGAGCGGCACCGGACGAAACACGAGCCCUCACUUGCUGGUCGUGGAAUUGUCCACAGCAGACUUGGUUGACGGGGCAGACAUUUCUUUGGUGUGGCGUGCAAGUACGAGAGACGGGUCGGAAGGGUCUCCAGAACAUAAUUUAUGGGUUUUCUACUGUAUCCAGACACGAGUUGUUGCACCAACGAAGGAGGGCCUGCCAGCGACCAUGAACGUGGAUAUGGAAUACAUGCAAAACAAAGGUGUAUGAAAUGAUUGGUUCAUACAAGCCGUACUCAAUUAUGGGCAGGUAGAUGCACUGCCGGCAUGCUAGAUGUGGAGGAAGAAGACGUUGCGGCACUGAAACAAACUCUCUUCGUGUUUGGCAAAACAGGAGAAAAUAUGUUACUUGUUCCUGUCGGAAAGCGGAGGGUAAAUCAAUGCUCGUGUGGGCCUGACAGAUGCAUUGCUCCGGAGGGGUAAGAAUAUGGAAAUAUACAGCAGUAGGGUAAGGAGUUCAAUCCUCUUCAUGUAGUUGUGAGGGUUGACAAUAGGCAAAUGCAAGACAAUAAGGGAACCAAGCGGUUGUAGCAGCAGAAGGUUAUUGCCAGCCGGACUGAAGGCUGGCGUCUGGAGAUUUUCCUUUCUUGGAAAGGCGAGGAUCUGAUUGGCCAAGGCGAUCGGGGGGUGUUUACGUUGCAUGGAUUUUCUCAGUGGCGGGAAGGCCGCGGUUGCUGUAUGAAAUGUCGACGUGUCAAUAUACUUGGGUCUGGCCAACGCACGAACGAUCAUUUCUUUGUUAUCUCCCAGC